GGGGCCUCUGCCCGCCAGCAUCCAGCUGAGCUCCCUCGUCAAAGUCGCACAGAGCACAGAGAUUCGUGACACCUGUGAUUCUGUUUUUCCGUUUUGGCGCGAGAAGCAAAGAAGCGGUCGACGCGAAGAAACCCAGACCGCUCGCCAGACACAGGAGCAAUCGAAAUUCAGCAAACAACCGACCAACGAACCAAUCCACACCCGCACUGGUCACAUACUGGCUCAAUCGAACAAUGUUUGCCUAUCCUCAAUCCACAGCGCUGAAAAGCUCUGAUCCGAGAGAUACUACUAUAUGAGCAGAGAGUAGCCAACGUCCCCAAAAGGGAGCAAGACAACAACCCGCGGACCAGUACGGGACCAGCGUACCAGCGUACCAGCAUCUACCUGCUUCGACGGGUCCGAACCUGUGUCCCUUCCUUCCCUGCUGCCUCUUCCCACCUCUGGGUGUUAGACCUGGGGCCGCGUAGCCUCGCCUCCGCAUUCACUCCAUAGCUUGCUUGCGAAAAAGAUGCCCGUAUACCUCGUCCACGGCUUCCGCUGGCCGCGCGAAGGCUUCGCGGGCAUCCGCGUCCAUGCCAUCGUCCACAACCUCGAAGACACGAGCGUCGAGUACAUCCAGAACGAGAACUCGCGGUCCGAGAUCCUAGCCUCCUUCCGCAAAGCAUACCCAGAGAUCAUGAAGGAACUCGAAGGGCCCGGCCGCAAACAACUCGAAUUCAUAGAGCAGUACAACCCGGAAGACCUCGACGGGCCGACCGCCGUCAGCCAGCCGUACGCGUUCGUGGGCGAUAAAGUGGUCAUGAUCGCGGCGAGUCCGGGGCUCGGGCUGGGCCUGAAUGGGCGGGCACAACAGUACACAGAGGCAGACGAGCGACAAGCACAAGCACAAGUGUCAUCAGCAACAGCAACAACAACAACGACAUCGCCCACGACGUCACCGAGCAAGAAAGCCCGUGCCACCACACAGCCCAUGAGCAAAUCCGCGCCGUUCAAUUCACCUGCAGACGUGACGGCGCUGAGCGUCAACGUCGAAGAAGUCAUUGCCGACGGCCCCGGGCUGACGAACAAGGCGUGGGAAGCCCUAGCCGAUCUGCGCGACAAGAUUGCCGAAGGCGAGAAGAUAGGCUGGUGGGUGGUGUACAACGGCGACCCCGAGCGCUCGUACGAUGAGGUCGACGAGGACGAAGAGGAUGAGGAGGAGGAGGAAUACUACGAUGAAUACUACGAACAAGAAGACCAGCAGCAGGUGCCUCAGCAACAGCAACAGCAACUGCAGCAGCAGAGACCAGUGACAAGUGGCGGCAGCAGUGCAGGACGGCCGAGGACAGCACCUACAAGUGACAGUGGUAGGGCAGAGAGUCAAAGCCAUCCUCCCUUGCCGCUCCCCAUAUCUGCCUCGUCGCCGCGUAUACCGCAACAGCAACCAGGAUUGACAGCACUGCCGAUUCGUCCGAAUAUGGCUGAACAGCAGAGGGAACCGGUAGCGUCGACAGGAAAGCCUGGCAAAGGUAAACAGAAAGAGAGCAUUCCGGAGCCGGCAAAGUUGAAAGAAACCGCCAAAUCUCAAGGGUUGAGGAAGAAGUUCUUUGGUAGACGAGCUUGAUUUACGCUAUCUAUCUUACUUAGCCAGCAGUCAACUUCCUGCUGUCUACGUGUUUGACGAGAGUUACGAAGUAUGAUAGACCAUCAAUAUGGUCAUCUAUAUGAAGGAACGACAUGCAAAUAGUCACCAGAGCUUGGUACGUCCAUGGAGCGGUUUGUCGUUGACUUACGCGAGAGAGCGCCACGAAGGACUACAGCACAAUGGAUAUAUGCUCACGCAUGGGCAUCUACGUCGCCGAAGGAAUGACAUGAUUAAGUGAGAAGAGCUCACCAGAUUCCCCAGCGGCAUUUCAGAUGCAGUCAAGCCACGGCCAGCGGCCUGGGAUGAACGGAUUUGGGAAAGGGGAAAUACCCGCCUUUAUGGAUUGGAGGAGUCGCCACAAGCCUUUCGGUAGUCUGCUGAUUUCAAUUUCACACGGGACCAGGGGAGAGAUGGAAGCCCGUUUUCCAAGAUAUAUAGGCAGAUGCCAUGCGAGUAAGCCAGCCAAGAAGAUGGGAUGUAAAUGCUUGGUCCUUUUAUUGGCCCCAAUAGAGAGAUCCAGGCCGUCAAUCAUUGUACAAAA